AUGUCAGAGAGGACCUGCCCCCCAGAGAACCUGGCCCUGUGUUGGAGGGCAGAGAGGACCUGGCCCUGUGUUGGAGGUCAGAGAGGACCUGGCCCUGUGUUGGAGGUCAGAGAGGACCUGGCCCUCAGAGGACCUGGCCCUGUGUUGGAGGUCAGAGAGGACCUGGCCCUGUGUUGGAGGUCAGAGAGGACCUGGCCCUGUAUUGGAGGUCAGAGAGGACCUGGCCCUCAGAGGACCUGGCCCUGUGUUGGAGGUCAGAGAGGACCUGGCCCUCAGAGCACCUGGCCCUGUGUUGGAGGUCAGAGAGGACCUGGCCCUCAGAGGACCUGGCCCUGUGUUGGAGGUCAGAGAGGACCUGGCCCUCAGAGGACCUGGCCCUGUAUUGGAGGUCAGAGAGGACCUGGCCCUGUAUUGGAGGUCAGAGAGGACCUGGCCCUCAGAGGACCUGGCCCUGUGUUGGAGGUCAGAGAGGACCUGGCCCUCAGAGCACCUGGCCCUGUGUUGGAGCCCUUUGACUUGGCUCGCAUCCUUACUGGCGGCUGCCAUGGCCUCUCCAGGAAGUACAUGCACUGGCAGGAAGAGCUGAUUGUAGGGGGGACUACCAAGAACGGCACUGGACCACUACUCAGUGCCCAGGCGUUACAGACCAUGUUCCAGCUGAUGACCCCUAAGCAGAUGUUUGAGCACCUGAAGGGCUAUGAGGACGUGUCCCAUAUCAACUGGAACCAAGACAAGGCCGCAGCCAUACUGGAGGCCUGGCAGAGGAAAUACUCAGAGGCAGUAAAGCAGAGUGUAGCAGCCAACUCGUCUCAGAAAGUGUUGACGUUUACCACCACCACUCUGGAAGACAUCCUCAAGUCUUUCUCUGAUGUCAGCAUCAUACGAGUGGCCAGCGGCUACCUGCUCAUGUUGGCCUAUGCGUGUCUGACCAUGCUACGCUGGGACUGUGCUAAGUCUCAGGGAGCUGUCGGACUGGCUGGUGUCCUCUUGGUGGCGCUGUCUGUGGCUGCAGGCCUGGGGCUCUGCUCUCUGCUGGGCAUAUCUUUCAACGCUGCCAGCACACAGGUGCUUCCUUUCCUGGCACUAGGUGUAGGUGUGGAUGAUGUGUUUCUCCUGGCCCAUGCCUUCAGUGAGACGGGACAGAACAAGAGGAUCCCAUUUGAGGACCGUACGGGGGAGUGUUUGAAGAGGACAGGGGCUAGUGUAGCUCUCACCUCCAUCAGUAACGUCACUGCUUUCUUCAUGGCAGCUCUCAUCCCUAUACCUGCCCUACGAGCCUUCUCUCUGCAGGCUGCGGUGGUGGUCGUGUUUAACUUUGCCAUGGUGCUGCUCAUCUUCCCUGCCAUCCUCAGUAUGGACCUGUAUCGCAGAGAGGACCGGCGUUUUGACAUUUUCUGCUGCUUCUACAGCCCUUGCGCUAACAGGGUGAUCCAGAUCGAGCCCCAGGUCCACAUGGACGGAGCAGACAGCAGUCGCUACAGCCCCCCUCCCCCCUCCUACCACACCACCCCUCCCACAUACAGCAGCUCACCCCCGUCCUACAGCAGCCAUGGUUUCUCCCAGCAGACUCAGAUCACCAUGCAGUCUACUGUCCAGCUGAGGACAGAGUACGACCCCAGGACUCAGGCCUUUUACACUACGGCCGAACCCAGGUCCCAGAUCUCAGUACAACCCUUCACACCCACGCCUGUCGCCACCGGCCCCGCCAACAACCCCAACACCAGUCACGCCAGUCACGGAAACAACAGCCACCACAGCAACCAUCUCAGCCGGAGUGGGAGUAGCAGUGGUCACGUCAACCUCAACAACAACAACGGUAGCCGUGGUUCAGGCUCGGUCCCUUCACCUCCCCAGUCGUCCUCUGGCGUCCCCACUGUCUCCCCCCAAGCGGGGGAGGGGGUGUGUGUGUCGGGGGAGAGUGCCAGCUCCACCAGGGAUCUGCUGUCCCAGUUUGGAGGGGCCUCUCUGGGGCUGCGCUGUCUGGAGCCCCAUUGCUCCCGGUGGACCUUGGCCUCCUUUGCCGAGAAGCACUACGCCCCCUUCCUACUGCAGCCCACCACCAAGGUGGUGGUCAUCCUGUUGUUCCUGGCCCUGCUGGUGGUCAGUCUGUACGGGACCACACGGGUGCGGGACGGGCUGGAGCUGACCGACAUCGUUCCCAGGGAGACCAGCGAGUACGACUUCAUCGGGGCCCAGUUCAAGUUCUUCUCUUUCUACAACAUGUACGUGGUGACCCAGCGGGCGGAGUACUCCCAGGCCCAGCCCCUGCUCUACCAGCUGCACCACAGCUUCAACACGGUCCGCUAUGUACUGAGAGAGGACGACGGACAGCUACCACGCAUGUGGCUCCACUACUUCAGGGACUGGCUGCAAGCUCUGCAGGAAGCAUUUGACCAGGACUGGGAAGCAGGUUGGAUCACACAGAGCAGCUAUAGGAACGGUUCAGAUGACGGGGUCCUGGCCUACAAACUACUGGUACAGACCGGACGCAGGGAAAGGCCCAUCAGCGUUAACCAGCUGACUAGGCAGCGCUUGGUGGAUGCGGAUGGCAUCAUCAACCCAGUGGCAUUUUACAUCUACCUGACUGCGUGGGUCAGCAACGACCCGGUGGCGUACGCAGCCUCGCAGGCCAACAUACGGCCCCACCCCCCGGAGUGGCUCCACGACCGCACAGACUCCAUGCUCGAGACACGCCUCAGCAUUCCUGCUGCCGAGCCCAUCGAAUAUGCACAGUUUCCAUUCUACCUCAACGGGCUCCGCGAGACCCCCCAGUUUGUGGAGGCCAUCGAGUCGGUGCGAGCCAUCUGCAGUAACUACAGCCGCCAGGGCCUACCCAGCUACCCCAACGGCUACCCCUUCCUCUUCUGGGAGCAGUACGUAGGCCUCAGACACUGGCUGCUGCUCUCCAUCAGCGUGGUGCUAGCCUGCACCUUCCUCGUCUGUGCCCUCUUUCUGCUCAACCCCUGGACUGCCGGCAUCAUCGUCCUGGUCCUGUCUCUGAUGACCGUGGAGCUGUUUGGUAUGAUGGGGCUGAUAGGGAUCAAGCUCAGUGCUGUUCCUGUGGUCAUCCUCAUCGCCUCUGUCGGCAUAGGAGUAGAGUUCACUGUACAUGUUGCUCUAGCGUUCCUCACAGCGAUAGGGGACCGUAACAGACGGGCAGUGCUGGCGUUAGAACACAUGUUUGCUCCUGUGUUGGACGGAGCCUUCUCUACUCUACUAGGAGUCCUCAUGCUAGCAGGCUCUGAGUUUGACUUCAUCGUCAGGUAUUUCUUUGCUGUGCUGGCCAUCCUGACCAUUCUGGGGGUGCUGAAUGGUUUGGUCCUUCUCCCUGUGUUGCUGUCUUACUUUGGCCCCUAUCCAGAGGUGACCCCUGUUGAUAGGUGUAGCCAGUUACCCACCCCGUCCCCAGAGCCCCCUCCUCACGUGGUCCACUUCUCCGUCCACCCCUGCCACACCACCUCAGGGACGGGGACAGGUACAGGCUCUGAUUCGUCAGACUCUGAGUACAGCUCCAACACCACGGCAUCAGGCAUCAGCCAGGAGCUGCAGCAGUACGACCUCCCCACCACUGGAGGCAGAGCUGGGAGAGCAGAGGAGGUGCGACGAGGAGCAGUGCCAAGAAGGACAGCUAGACAAGGAAACGCCACAGCCUACUCUUUGUCUUCUUCGGUCCUGCCGGAGUCGGAUGCCCACCCCGGUGCAUCCCGUCGCUUCAGGGAUCUACAGUCGCUGCCCCCAGCUCGCCCGCGCAUGGACGCUUUUGAAACUGCUACUGAGGCUGGAGGCCAUUACGGCUCCGAGGGCCAUUUUGUCUCGGGAGGCCACCGAGAACAUUCUGCGGGGCACAGAACUCGUCCAUCCCACAACCCCCGGCCCAAUCACCACCAACCUCACCACUCUAACCCCGCCCCUACCUACUGCCAGCCCAUCGCCACGGUAACGGCCUCUGCAUCGGUUACCAUCGCCGUCCACUCUGCCUCUCCCCCCACUCAGAGCCCCACCUCCUCUUACCCAGGACACACUGCAGCGGACAGUUACCACACAGCAAGGGGCGCAGAGCCUGAGCCUGCCUUCCAGCACCCCCAUGUGCCACUGGAGGUCCAUACGGGUUGCAGAGGAACCAAGAUGGACACCAAUGUGGAGGCCAUGGAGCUCCAGGAUGUGGAGUGUGAGGCAGCUGAGAGCGACUCUGAUAAGAGGGCAAGCUGAGUGGAGGAGAGCAGAAGCACAACGGCCAAAGAUGGACUCCCUCUCUUACUCAGCGGCCCAAUGCAGCGCAGCUCAGCGACACACAUAACCCAGUGGUGGCUAGUGCCAUGGUGCUCAUUCUUACUGUAACCCCGUGGAUGUUUGUCUUAGAUAUCUCUAUCCAUCAUUAAAAUAUGUAUACUUAUGUAAAUAUGAACAAAGAAGUAGCUAUAAUGUAGGAGCUGGACAGCUCCUUUUUUUAACAGACUAGGGACAUCAUUUUCUAUGGCGUGUGUGUUUUUGGUUUUACUUUCCUUGUCGGGGCCAGAAGUCAUCACAAGCACAGUAAAACAUAUACAAUUGGAGACAUUUAGCCAGUCCCCACACGGAGAAAGGCUAUUUUAAGCUUAGGGGUUAGGGUUACGAUUAGGGUGAUGGUUAGAAUUAGGUUUAGGAGUUAGGGUUAAAUUAGGGGUUUGGGGUAAAGAUUAGAUUAAGGCUUAAGGUUAGGGGUUAGGGGUUAGGGUUAGGGGUUAGGGAAAAUAGGACUUUGAAUGGGACCAAUUAUUUUGUCCCCACAAGGAUAGUAAAACAAACGUGUGUGUGAGAAAUCUCUGAUUACUGUUGUUCAAUCGUCUGUGGAUCUGUGCCAUGAGGAAGCUUCAUCUAGACAAUACAGUUCAGCAUACAUUGUUGCUGCUUCAAAUAUUUUGUAAUAAUGUAUAAUAACUUGUAUAAUAAUUCUAUGCAAAUGUUUAUUUUAUGUUAGAAAGAGGUGAGUGUGUGUGUAAAUGUGAUUGUGGGUGCGUAGGUGGGUGGGUAACUCAUCAGAUACAUCUCUAAAAAGAAAUAGACUAACAAUCACAUCAAGUGAAACUACUCAAUAGCUACACAGGGCAUGUAUGUGUGUGUUUAUAUAUGUGUGUGUGCAGGUGUGUAUGUUUGUGUGUGUUUGUGUAUAAAGGUACUUUUUUUUUUAACAAUUAAUUUGCAUAUCACAAACCUGUGGUAGUUAUGAAACAAUUACUGUUAAACUCUGACUCACGCUAUGCGUGCUAUUUAAUACGAGCCGAUAUGUAGAAGAUAUAAAAGGUGUUUGUUGUGACUUGGCUGUCCCUUGAACUCAAUUACCCAUCUCCUAUUUCCUCUGUGAUGUCAUAUCUCUCAGCGGCCAUCUUAUAGUAGCAUGAGUCAUCUUAUAGUAGCAUGAGUGGGCGUAAAAGUAUCACUCCCAUAGUUAAAAUGGAACUGACAGCGUUUUAACUACUUUGCUGAUAUGAAACAAACAGACAAUCAUAAUAUCAGUAAAAAAUAUAAAAUUCCCAGUUUAUGCUACAAA